AGAGCUGAAAAGGGAAAAUUAAAAUAUCACCGAAGGAAAACAAACAAAUAAACGGGAUAAAAGGAGUAUUACCCAUUAAAUACCAUUGAAAAUGUCUGCUCCGCUGGAGAACCUUGAGACCCAGUUGGAGAUGUUCAUCGAGAAUGUGCGACAGAUCCGCAUCAUUGUCAGCGACUUUCAGCCACAGGGUCAGAAUGUACUCAACCAGAAGAUUAACAGCUUGGUAACCGGCCUGCAGGAGAUCGACAAGCUCCGUUCCCAAGUGCAGGACGUCUAUGUGCCUUUUGAAGUAUUCUUCGACUACAUCGACCAGGAUAAGAAUCCCCAGCUGUACACCAAGGACUGCGUGGAGAAGGCACUGGCCAAAAACGAGGAGGUGAAGGGCAAGAUCGAGAGUCUAAAGAAGUUCAAGUCCAAUCUGCUGCUGGAACUGUACAAAACCUUCCCCAACGAGAUGAACAGCUAUCGCGCCUAUCGCAAGGACUCCAUGUGAAUCAAGGAUACGCCACCUGAAUCCUAGUUAAUAAGCCACGUCUUGGAAUAAAUUUAUACUUAUGUACAUAAA